GGGAACUGGGGCGACGCUGGGCUGAAGCUCGGACAAGGCCGUUUCCUCGAUGACCACUGUCCGGUCAGCAGCUGUUCGCUGGUGGACGACGUUGAGGCCAUUUCCGAGGUUGAUGCGGUGAUCUUCAAGGACCGAUUUAGUUGGCCACGAUUCGGCAGACCUUUAGGUCAACUGUGGAUCCUCUUUCUCCUUGAGGGACCUAGGCAUACGCAGCUGUUUAGCAGCAUCCAGGAGAAUACCUUCAACUGGACGGCCACCUAUCGGCAUGACUCGGACCUGGUGACGCCCUACGAGAAGUUUGUCACCUAUGAAUCGCUUUAUGGAGGUGGUGGUGAUGAGGGUGAUGAUGAAGGUGAUUCAAUGCCGGAAAACGUCGACCUUUUCCGCUCGGUAAUGCUCAGCGAUGGUGGUGAUAAUAAUGUGGUGAAGCCAAGAAAUUACGCCGAGGGCAAGACUAAAAAGGUGGCAAUCUUUAUCAGCAACUGCGCCGCUCAAAAUAAACGGCUAGAGUACACUCGAGAGCUCUCAAAACACAUUGAGGUGGACAUCUACGGGAACUGCGGCAAGUUGAAAUGUCCACGUAGCAAACCGGAAGAGUGCUUUGCAAUGCUAAAUCGGGACUACAAGUUUUACCUCGCCUUUGAGAACUCCAACUGUCGGGACUACAUCACCGAAAAGUUCUUCGUCAACAGCCUCGGCCACAACUCCGACUCGCUCAACAUUGUCCCCGUGGUAAUGGGCGGAAGUCAGGAGGACUACCGCCGAUCCGCCCCCGCCCACUCCUUCAUCCACGUCGACGACUUCCGGUCGCCGGCCCUGCUCGCCCGGUACCUCAGCUACCUCGACGGCAACGACACCGCCUACAGCGAGUUCUUUGACUGGAAGAGUUUCGACCGGGGGCCCAGGACCGGGGAGUUUAUCAACACCUAUUUUUGGUGCCGCCUCUGUGCGCUGCUUCACGCCCCGCCGGUGCACCGGAAGUCGACGGUCAGCUAUAAAAGCAUGGCGCAGUGGUGGGCGCCCAAGGGCGUCUGCUUGAAGGGAUUUAGCAGGUGGCCUGAGUAA